UCUGCUAUUUCCUCAACUUUCCUCUUCACAGAAAUGACAAAAACAUCAGUCGAGUUCUGCAUAAUCUCUGCUCGUGGUUUGGGCCACAGAUCGACCCUGUUGAAGCCACAGUGGUUUUCAGUUGCAUGGAUUGAUCCAAACAGCAAGUACUGCACCAAGAUUGAUGCAUCAGGGAACUCAGAUGCGAGUUGGGGAACCAAGUUUUGUAUUUCUGUUGAUGAACAUGAUACGAACCUGCAGCGGAUGGAACUAACAGUUGAAGUCUACAGGAGAGAGCCCAUAUUUCUAAGGGAGCAUCUCCAGGGAACCGCAGUUAUCCAGCUGAAGGAGUACUUCGAUAAAUUUGCGCAGGGCAAUGAGCCUUCUGGAGUAGAGGAGGAGACAACAAGUUUUCAGCUUAGGAGGAAGAAGUCAGACAAACCCCAUGGAUUCGUUGAUAUCUCCAUUCGUAUCUGCAAGGAAGGAAACAAUUGUGCCACGUUUUCAGGAUCUCAGGAAGGAUUGAAAUACCCAGAUCAGGUCGGCAUCACAUUAGCUAUAGAAGAUGGUCCAGUUUACAACUAUCCACCAAUGCCUUCCAGCCACUCUAAGGGAUACAUCCAAGAUGCUGAUCAUUACAGCAACUCCAUGCCGAUGACCAAUGCCACUCGGCCAGGACAAUCACCAUCAGGAAACUACAGUUACCAACACCCAAUGGUUCCACCAAUUCUGCCACAUCCAACUUCAAACCCCAGCUUCUUUACACAACAGUAUCCAACAAGGGGGCAAGUGCCACAGACUUACAUAAACCUGCCACCAAGAAUGGGAGGUCAAAACAGCACACCGAGCUUAGGAAUGGGGCUUGGAGCUGGAGCACUGGCUGCAGGAACUAUGAUAUUUGGUGAAAAUCUCUUGUCUGGUCAAAGUUUAAAUACUGCUCUCGAUGGUGCAAGCCUAUCCAUAUCCAAUGACGCACCAUUCUAGUUCUGAGCAACUUCAUGUCUGUGCAAGCUUGUAAUGACUUAUGUAACAAAUAUAAAUAGUCAUGGGAGUUCUACGGAAUAUAAUGGGGUUGUGCUACUC